GUCAUCAAAAUGAACUGUACUUGUUCGCCACAAGGCGCGCGCAGUCUUACAGGUUCGUCCUAAACUCCUGUGGGCCGCGAGUGGUAACUGGUAAUUGGCAAUCUUAGUUCUGCUGCUGAAGAGUGAAGACCGCAGACUGCACCCUUAAGACGGAACCUCACUGAAAUUGAAUCACCAUGUCACAAUCACAAAGCCCAAAUAUCUACGUACACGUUUAUGGUGAUGGACAAAGUUGUGAUAUCCGCGGUGGUUAUCAAGGUGGACGUGGCGGUCGCGGUGGUCAAGGUGGACGUGGCCGCGUCAUAGGACGUGGUGGCCACGAUGGUCAAGGUGGACGUGGUGGCGGCGUAGGACGUGGUGGACGCGGUGGUGUAGGCGGAAAAAUUCGCCAAGUCCGAGCUCGUCCCCGUUGUAACAACUGCAGCCUGGUUGGGCAUGCAGCUUCUGUUUGCUGGACAAAACCGUCCGAAACAGCAGCAGUCAAAGCCGCCAGAGCUGCCAGAUCAAUGAACAUAGCUCUAGAGUUAAAAUCUAAAGCAGAAGUUGUAUCUAAAGCUGCAGCUUCUGUAGUAGCUGCUGCUGCUGCAGCUGAAACUGCUGCUAAUGAAGCAAUGAGCAGAGCUUUAAAGUUAAAAGCUGCAAUUGCUGCGGAAACACCGUUGCCGACCACAACGUCAACACCAAAAUACUCCGAAAAUGACAAAUACAAAAGUAACAACACCACCGACGGUGUCAAUAACAGUUGCUGAUGAAAUACGUCAACAACAAAAAAAAGCCUGUAAAAAUAAAAAUUGUAUGUGUAUAUUCCAUUAUAAAGGUAUUUUUUA